AUGAAGUUUGGAAGCUCCACCGGCCUGAAGGCGGCAGCUGUGCUGCUGCUGGCCAUGAUCGUCGUUGCCGCUGGCAAGUCGGUCGAUAAGAUCCGUCGCCCGUUCCCAGGCAUCGAGCGGAUGGGAAGUCUUCUCGAUACGGUUCGCCCUCCGAAAGGAUACGUCUCACAGAACCCGCGUACCGUUGAGGGCCGCUUCACGUCCCGCAGAAACCACUUUGAUCCGCAAGACCGUAACACGUUCGAGUUUACCUACCUGACGAACGACGAAUACUACCGCGAGGGAGGUCCGCUGUUCCUGGUCGUCGGUGGUUUUUACGCGGUCAAUCCAUUCUUUAUCGAGGGGCUCUACUUCCGAGACAUUGCCGCCCAGCAUGGUGCUAUGUUGGCAACCUUUGAGCAUCGUUACUAUGGAAACAGCAUCCCAGUGGAGGACUAUUCGACGGAGAAUCUACGUUUCCUGCGCACGGAGCAGGUUCUGUUCGAUCUGAUCGAGCUUGUUGACUUCCUGAAGCGCGAGGUCAUGAACGACCCGAAUGCACGCGUCAUCCUUCACGGUGUAGCUCAAGCCGGUAGUCUCGCCUCGUGGGCUCGCCAGCGCUUCCCGAACAUCAUUGAUGGUGCGUGGGUCUCGAGCGCCCCGGUGCGUGCCACUGGCGCCUUCCCCGAGUACGCCGAGGACUUCGGAGAAAUUAUCCGUGAGAAGGCGAGCGACCAGUGCUACGACCGCAUCUCGCAGGCGUUCAACGGGGCACAGCAUGCACUAGAUUCCGGACGCACCGACAGACUUUCCGAGCUGUUCAACACUUGCGAGCCGUUGAGUCUGGAUAACCCGUUGGAGGUGGAACUGUUCUUCUUUGCCAUGAUGAUUUCGCUAGAGACGGCUAUGGUGGCUGAAGGGGACAUUGAUAAUAUUGGCCGUGUGUGCGAUCGACUUACCAGCGACGAGUUCAGCACUGGAUUGGAGGCCUUGUCCGUCUUCCUACUGAAUCGCUACGCCGAUGUGCGCGAGUGCUUCGAUCUGUCGUUCGAGACUUUUGUCCGCUACCUGACGGAUGUCGAUAUCGACAGUGAAGCAAACCGGCAACUCGGUUUGCGUCAAACCGCCUACCAAACAUGCACCGAGUUCGGUGCGUUCCCGACUACCAACUCGCCGAAUCAGCCCUUCGGUAACCGUGUCACGUACGACCUCUUCCUGGCCGAGUGCCAGGCGGCAUUCGGAGAAUUCAUCACCAAGGAGUUGGUCUAUGAGGCUGUACGCAUAACUAACCUUCACUACGGAGGGGACGAUCCUCGCUCCACCAACGUGCUGUUCACCAACGGUGCUCUGGAUCCGCUGCGCCAUGUAUCCAUCACCUACUACCAGAACUUGCUGUCGAACGCUCGCGUCACGCCGAGGGAGUUCACGGCGGCAGAUAUCGUGUCAAUCCGCGAUUCCGACUCAGAGGAGCUCCUCGAGACCAAGCUAAUGAUCGCGCAGUACAUCUCGACCUGGCUCGGACCGUCGAUUAAUCCCAUACGGAAGUAG